GCCAAGCCACCCAACGCCUUUGAUCAGACCAUGAGCUCUUUGAUCACGGGUUGAAGAAGAUCUCUUUGAAACAUCUCAGCCCCUUCGCUCGUGGUCAGCCCAUGGGGGGGUUUGAGCUUCCCAAUGGUGUCUCUUCAGCUACUUUCGCUUCAGUUGCCAAGAAAGGCUAUUUUAAGAGAUUCUGUUGAAGAUCUCCAGAACGUCACGCACAGGAAGUGGAGCCCUGUGACGUUCCUCAAGAACGCGGGGGCGGUAAGCUACAAAAUGUGCAGGAAGAAGUGAAGCAGAGAGGUUUGGGCGAGAAGGGCCGGAGAGACACGGCAACGUCGGUUCUUGGCACCCAAUCAAGACGUUGGGAGACCGCUUGUGGCGAGACCUUGAUCCACGUAAAACGAGGGCAGGAAGUGAAGAGUGGAGACCAAUGAUGGGAAGUCCCUCUCCAUCCCGGCCAGACCGCUGUCUGUUUUGUUUCUUAGCCUUCUGGUUCUGUAUGAAGUUAGGAGUCACCAUCCAGAAGGAGGUUGAGCCCAUCUGCUGCGUCCAGAGCCCUCAAGGGGGACAUCCCAACUCAUGUGGAGCGUGUGGUCUUGGAGAGUGUUGUGCAGACAAGCAGUGUACACAGUGUCGGAAGCUCCCCAAAUGCCAGGAAGGAGAGGAAAUCUUCUGUUCAGGGACUUUAGACUUCAGGUAUUCUUGCAAACAGUGUCCUAAUGGAACGUACUUGGAUACCAAGAAUGGCUGUUGUGUUCCUUGGACUGACUGCGAGAAACUCGGGCUCCGAACUCACCGACCGGGGAACAGAACUCAUAACGUGCGGUGUGGCCAAGAACCCGAAACCGUUGCUGCGCAACCCGAUUGUGCCACUGCUGCUGAGUCCACUGUCACCACCAUCUUGACUGUCCUGACAGCAGCCGGCAUUUUCGUCCUUGUGCUGUUGACUUCCAUCUUGAUUAUUUGCACUUGGAGGCAGAAGGAGACACUCCCUCUGGACGAAGAACCUGAAUCUGCCAACCAACCGAAACCCUUAGGAGCCCAGCUUCUCCGUGAAGACACCUACAGCUGCCAGUUCCCAGAGGAAGAACAAGGGUGCAAAAUGGAAGAGGAGUAGGGCUCGUCGAAAUGGUUGGGUAGGCUGAAACCACAUAACCGCACACUGCAACGAAUGUCAUCUCUUGAUCCUUCGCAUCUUGGAUGAUGACUUGAACUGCCUUGAUUGCCCUCUGAAGUGGGGCAGGAGAACCAUGUCCUAGAGAUGCGUCGACCAUGCAGGUUGGCUCUUCCCCAAGAAGCUGGUCUUUCUCGUGUCAUGGACUCAACACUCAAAGACGGCGAGGGCUUGAUCCUAAGUCUGUUGGGCAGACAAAAAUAGUUUACCAGAAAAGACAGGUGGGGAAAGUUGGCGGAAAGCUUCCAUCCACUUGUUGUAUGACUGUACACCAUCAUCCACCCCUUGGUUUUUCAUAGGCGGCGAGCAGAAUCUUCAUGGUUGGCGAGCAGAGGGGUGUAUAUACAGACAGGUGGACCAUCUUGGUGGAACUUAAUACUUAGUUCAUCGGAGCCGAGACGGGAGGUGGAGCUAAAAGAGGCGGAGCCAGAGGGCAGGGCGGAGUCUGGACUGAUGGGUUGGGGUGGAGCUAACAUGGAACAUCUCCUGGGUGGGGUCAUGUGGAAAGCAUGAAUUGGCUUUCCGAAUCUUGUUCUUGAUUUUCUGGGUAUUUCACAGGUCAGAACAGGAAUUGGUCCUCAAUCAUAAUGGUUACCUGUAGGGCGCAGAGCCAUAACUAGCAAUUUUUGGUACCCGGGGCAAGAGUUCACACAAGAAGUGAGAUUUGCACACUGCCCCUGGCAAAGGGCUGCCCGUGCUUUCCGGAAAGAGGCAGGCUUUCUUCACUUUUAGAGAAGCCCCUUCUCCUGUAGAUGAGCAAAGGAGAGGAGAAUGCAAGGCACCUCAGCGUCUGGUGCUUUUCGUGGGAUUUCCCUGCAAUGUUUUUGUUAAUAGACACACACAUAUAUAUAUAUCUUCGUAGCUAGAGGGAAAACACACACAUAUAGCUAGUAGUAUAUGAAUAUGUACAUAUUCCUUCAAUAUAACUCUUCAAACUGGGGCGUAGAAGGGGGGAAUCCGCGCUCAGAAACCUGAGGGUGUUUUUCUGUUUUUCUCUUCAAUUUUCCGCCUGUGCUGUGUGAUGCAUCUGUAAAGGUCUGCUUUCAUCUCAAGAAAGUUGAGCCUCCAGCAUCAGGCCCUUCACAAGACUCACUGUACGGCUACUAAUAUAUAUAUAUUUUUAAAUCAGCCUUUUGAACUGCAUUUCCUUUGUGAGACCUAAAACGAGACUUUUUUAUUAGAACAAUAAACCUUCAGCUUUGCCUGGG